UGAAAGCUAAUGUGAAAACGCGACCUCUUCCAUCCCUCUUUUUUAGUUUUCCCAUUUUCUCUCUACUUUUUCUUUCUAAAUUGUAGGGUUUCUUGAAUGGGACCUUAGAAUUUAUUCUUAUUUUAUCGAUAAAGUAGGAGGAAAUUAACAGCUUAACUUGUGGACAUUGAUGGGAGUUUUUCCCAAUUCUUGAUCCAUUUCUGUUUUUUUCUGGAACGUUUGUCUCCCAUGGAGGUUCCAGGAACAGAAGAGGUGAAGAAGUCAGAGAAUCAUGAGGCGUCAGCUGCAGCUUUUGUAGAGGGUGGAAUUCAAGAAUCCUGUGAUGAUGCUUGCAGCAUUUGCCUUGAAGCCUUCAGUGAAAGUGAUCCUUCCACGGUGACCAGUUGUAAGCAUGAGUUCCACCUUCAGUGCAUUCUUGAAUGGUGUCAGAGAAGCUCUAAUUGUCCAAUGUGUUGGCAGCCACUUGGACUGAAAGAUCCUGCCUGUCAUGAAUUGCUCGAAGCGGUAGAGUGGGAGAGAAGUUCUAGGGUCAAGCCAUCAAGAAAUGCCACAAUAUUUCAUUAUCCCACUCUUGGGGAUUUUGAAUUGCAGCAUUUGCCAGUGGAGGUGCAUAAUCCUGAACUUCAGGACCACAUUAUCCAGCAGUUGACUGCUGCUGCUGCUGCAAUGGGAAGGAGUCAUCAUAUAGCUCGGAGGGAGAGCUCAAGGAGUCACUCAUCUGGGCAAGGUCGUCAUCAAUUUGUUGUAUUCUCAACUCAGCAUAACUCAUCUUCUGCUGGUCCUGUUUCAGCUUCCCUAACUCCUGGUGGAGGGGUACCUGUGCCAGCUUCAGCAACUUUAACUAAUCCAUCACACCAGCUUACAUUUAUACGGGAUGAACAGCCACAACAUAUGCCAUCAUCUGUUCAAAGCAAUGGACUUUCAGCUUCAUCAUCUGGAUCCUUUAUUUUGCCAACUGGUCAAAGAACAUCUAACGAUAAUAGAAGCUAUGAGAGUCAGUCUUCCCUAUCAAAUCUAGACAGAGCUGGACCCUCAGAGUUGCAGUCGUUUUCAGACACUUGGAAAUCUCGAUUCAGUGCAAUUUCGAUGAAAUACAAAGAAUCGAUUUCAAAAAGUACAAGAGGAUUGAAGGAGAAGCUGUUUUCUCGAAGCUCGUCGAUGGCAGAUAUUGGUUCUGAGGUUAGGAGGGAGGUGAAUGCUGGAAUUGCUACUGUAUCCCGCAUGAUGGAACACCUUGAAACUAGAGAUAAUAAUAGAGAUGGUCGUAUUCCUCUAGCAAACAGCCCAGUGGAUUCUUCUGUCUCAGCACAAAGGAACCAUGAUGAUAUGGACACGCAUAAUGAAGUACCAUUGGAUAACAAUAAUUCUGCUGCCUUUGCCACAAGUUCAGUUUGACAUUAAGUUAUAUGACCUAAGAUGAAUAUUUUCUCAAUCCUCAGUAUUUCAUCUUUGAAGGUGAGUUAUUCUACCGUCUGAAGUGGUCAAGAGAUAUAUGUUGAUCUUUAUGCAAGUAGGAAGAUAUUUUGUAGGGCUAGAUGGUAGCCACAUUGCCAUUAGUGGAUGACAUAGCUCAGAUCUUGGUAAUUCAUUUCACAUAUAUGACGGUGUUUAGGUUCAUAAUAUUCUAGAAGUUUAUUUUUAUGUGAUAGUCAUACAAUUAGUCAUGAAUCAA